GCCAGGGUUUCUCAACCCAGUCCUUGGACCCCACUGCAAAGAUCCACAGUUUUGCUCUGUCCAAGCUCUCAGCACAGCAGUAAAAGUCUCCAUGGACCUGAGUCCAGAGAAGCACUCUGAACUUGAGGACAUCCGGCUGAGGAAAGGAGCCCUUCUGCUGGAGAUCCAGAGGCUGCGGGAGGCGCUGAGAGAGGCCCUCAUGGAAGUGGAGGGCCUUGAAUCCAGCACCAAACGCAGCCAAAUCUUAGAAAAGAAUAGGCAUGUCGCCAUGGGAAGAAAGAAAUUCAACAUGGACCCUAAGAAGGGUAUCCUGUUCAUGGUACAAAACAAUCUUCUCCGGCACACGUCUGAGGACAUCGCCCAGCUCCUAUACAAGGGAGAGGGGCUGAACAAAACAGCCAUUGGGGAUUACCUGGGUGAGAGAGACGACUUCAAUAUCCAAGUCCUCCAAACAUUUCUUGGGCUUCAUGAAUUCGGCUCUCAGGCAGUUCCUCUGGAGUUUCCGUCUGCCAGGAGAAGCACAAAAGAUUGACAGGAUGAUGGAGGCCUUUGCGCAGAGGUACUGUCAAUGUAAUCCUGGAGUCUUCCAAAACAUUGACACCUGCUAUGUACUUUCAUUUUCCAUAAUCAUGCUAAACACUAGCCUUCAUAAUCCAAAUGUGUGAGACAAGCCCAGUGUGGACAGGUUCAUCUCCAUGAAUCGAGGAAUCAAUGAUGGAGGCAACCUGCCAGAUGAUCUCCUCCGAAAUCUUUA